AGUUGCUCUCUGUUUUACAACGUGUAAGGUCUGUUAUAGUGAAAGUUUAUUAAAAUAAAAUGUUUAUAUACGUUGUCGUUUGUUCAUUGUCACUGAUGAUUUUAUGGUACCAUUGGAAGUACAAAACACGCAAUGAUCAAUUGGCUCAAAUUCCGUCACCAUACAAAUACCCUUUGAUUCAUAACACCCUUGAAUUUGUUGGAAAAUCACCGAAACAAAUAUUCGAUUGGAUGGAAGGCAUGAGCCGUAAACUGGGUCCAAUUUACCAAUUCACCUUUGAACCGUUCGACAAUUCAACGAUGGUUAUUUCCGAUCCGAAAAUUGUUGAACAAAUCUUGACGAGCAACAAGCUGAUCGACAAAACUAUUGAUUAUGAUCUUAUGAAAUCGUGGCUCGGAACUGGAUUGUUGAUAUCGUCCGGACAUAAGUGGCAUCAACGAAGAAAAGUCUUGACUUCUGCAUUCCAUUUCCAAAUUCUCGAAAAAUUUGUGGAAAUUAUGGACGAGCAAGGGAAUACAUUCGUUCGAAAUCUCGAAAAAUUUGAUGGACAGGAAAUUAAUGUCGCUACAAUGGUCAAUCUGUAUGCAUUGGAUGUUAUCUGUGAAUCUGCGAUGGGAUGUAAAAUCAACGCUCAAAAUGAUACGUCUGAAUAUGCGAAUGCUGUUAAAGAAAUUGCUGAGAUCAUCUUUCUUCGAUCAUUUGAUCCAAUCAGAAGAUUCGAUUUAAUUUACAAAUUUACCGAGAUGUACCGACGUGAACAAAAGGCUCUACAGAUUCUGCAUGAAUUUACCGACAGCGUAAUUCGAUCGCGACGAAACGAGCUGUUUAAUAGCAAAACGAAGACAGAGAAUACAGCCGAGGAUAUGGUCGGAUCGAAGCGAAAAAUGGCGUUAUUAGAUCUACUUCUUCAGUCAACUGUUGACGGAGAACCAUUGAGCGACAUAGACAUACGAGAAGAAGUUGAUACGUUUAUGUUUGCCGGACAUGACACCACUUCUAGUGCAAUUUCGUUUGUGCUCUACAAUGUGGCAAAGUAUCCGGAUGUGCAACGGAAAGUCUAUGAAGAAGUUGCCAACCAUCUUCAAGAUGGCGAUCACGAUGUCUCACUAAAGGAUUUGAAUAAUUUCCGUUACUUGGAUCUAGUCAUUAAGGAAUCACUGAGGAUUUAUCCGAUAGUACCAUACUUCGGUCGGAGGCUUUGCGAUGAUGUGAAAGUAGACGGCCUUACAUUGCCACGUUAUUCAAACGUUUACAUAUCGCCAUUUAUUAUGGGCCGAGACGAGAACAUUUUUCCCAAUCCAAUGAAGUUCGACCCUGAACGUUUUGAUCUUGAAACAACUACGGACAAGUGGAAUCCGUUCUGUUACGUUCCAUUUUCGGCAGGUCCGAGAAAUUGUAUCGGUCAAAAAUUUGCAAGUUACGAAAUGAAGUGCAUUAUAUCGAAAAUCGUUCGCAAUUUUGAGCUGUCUCUCGGCGACCAUUCGGAACUGCCAAUAUAUUCAGAACUUGUGCUGAGGUCAGAGAAUGGCAUAAUUUUAAAAGUCAACAAAAGAAAAAGUGUGUAAUUUCUCAAAUGUUCACUACUACUACCUUAAUAAACAUGACAUGAUUUAAAGUCGAGGUUUUAACUGAUAACAUUUAAAAGAAUAGGUACUACUACUUAAAGAUAAUAAAUGAAAUAAAAACUGGUGGAGUUUCUGUAUAUGACACAAUUUAAACCGAGACUUUUAAACAUUAUAAAUUCAAACAUCUCCUGUAUCCUAACCAUACAUCAGAGAGAUUUAAGAAUUCGAAAGCAACAUGUUUCGUCAUUGUUCUCCAUUCGAUUUGAAAUAUUUGCAUCAUGUAAAUUUUUACACAUAACAUCAGAAUCACAAGGAUAAAGAAUGGAAUCGAAAGUUCGAAAACUUCCAGCUACUGUGAAAAUUAUAGAAUCAAACUUUAUAAAAUAGAACGCAUAUUGGCUACGCCUUUUAAUUUUCCACAUGUUCAACUAUAUAAAAGCAUAGGCUCCGCCUUUGUUCGGAGCUUUUUUCAAACCCUCUUCGCAUUGUAUAUUUUCCGGAAAAUGUGUAAGAUUUGAACAUUUUCCAUGAUUACCAAUGUGGUAGUAUAAUUCGUUGAAUGAACGGAAAAUAUGGCGUUUCAUGGUUAUAUAUGUAAUAAUAACGGUACGUAAAACCGUACCUAAACCAUAAUGUUCUUCUAUUAUAUUUACAUCAAAAUUUAUUAGUAUCUGUAAACUUACUGGUUUAUACUAUUUUGUUCGGUGAAUUUUAUUCGGUCGAAUGUUCCUUAUGUCUUAAAAUUUUAUGCUCGACUUUCGAUUAAAAUUAAUUGCAAACUGUUUCACAGGAGUUGUAAUUUAAUAAAUAGCCACUCAAAUCUUUUAUUUUUUUAGAA